AUGAACAGCAGCCGGCGAAACGGGCCAAGUUCCCCACCGGGCAAGCUGAAUCCACGGGGGCGGAACGGUCCAUUGACCACCGCGAAGUCCAUCUCCGAUAGCCUUUUUCUGGAAAAUUCGCUGAGCAAUUUGGAGAACGACUCUCUGUUCUUCUCCACGGAUAGAGACGAUAACGACGGCGAUCUUCUUCACGGAGUUGCGCAUCAUGACCACGACGAGGAUUUUGAAGAAGAUGAAGUAGACGAUCACAUCGUUGAUGAACACGCGGCUGGAGAUCGCAAAAUAAAUGCGAGAAAAAACAGGAGGAGGCAUAAGAGUACUUCUAGAAAGCAUCAAGCCGACGACGUUUUCAACGUGACCACGAAUUCCAGCGUUUGGCUCGGACCCAGGGUCUCGCUGGACUCCGUCCUGUUCGACGAUGAUCUGAAUUCGAACAACAACAGUCUGUCGCUGAGUCCGCGGACGCGAGGAGGCAUAUUGACAUCCAAGCGAGGGCACAGCUAUGACCAACUUGAGUUGCCGAGUUCCAGGGGAAUGAAUGAUCGGCAGCACCAGCGAAAGGGAAACAAGGACAACUUGGGGUUGGCCGCGCAAAGGAGCCUGCAGGCGGAAAACCAACAGGCUAGUAGUACUGCGCUGGGUGGUCCAGAUGCUGCUGGCCAAGCGGAAAAAAUGCACGUGCAGGGACACAGCCCUCGGGCCAGAAUGCACAAUCUUACGAACAAUGCUGUAAAUGACGGGGCGUCCUUGCAGGAACUACUACACCAGCAUACCAUGGCAGGAAAAAACUCCAUCCAUGUUGAGCGCAAUGCCCGCUCUUCCAGCCCGGUCCCGGCGGCCACGCGGAAAAAUACGAGGAGAAAUAAUCUUCAGAGAAAUAACCUCCAGACGCAUUCGCUGCUACUCGACCACAACCCGAAAAAAAAGUGGAACGGCUCGCUGCAAAAGGGGUUUGAGAAUUUGACCAAGCAAAUCAUCCUCCACCACGAGGAGGAGCUGAAGGGGCGGAAACUAUUCGAAAAGUUGGAAGACAAGGUCGCGAGCUUGCUGCAGAAGUGUUUCGACAAAACCACUUCUAUUGACAACCAAGAAACCGCGUUGACGAGGGAAGAAGUGGCGAAGAUACGUAGAGCUUUUGUUAACACUUUACUCCGGAUCCCGCGGAAGCCGGCGAUGGCGGCGGCGCAGAUGCAGAAUGUGGGGAACAAUCAUAGGGCUCCUGCUGGGACGAGCAAUUUACUGCACCACGGCGAAAGUAAUAUGGUGAAGCAAACGGGUCCUCGGGGCGCCGGAGAUAGUUUUGAAUUGUCCG